ACAUUAAAACAUGAGCCGGGAGAAUUCCCUGUUGGUUCGGUGGUUAGGACUCCGAGCUUCCACUGCAGGGAGCGCAGGUCCGAUCCCUGGUCGGGGAGCUAAGAUCCCGCAUGCUGUGCGGGCGAAAGAAAACGAAAGAAAUCUGAGCACCUGAGACAGGAAGUUGGAGGCACGCCGGACGUUGCCCCCGCCCCCACGUGCAAGCCCGUGCCCGCCCUCCCAUGUUCCCCGUCUCUCAACACGGGCGGGGCGGAGCCCAGCGCAAGGCGUGAGGGUCUUCUUCUCCCUACUCAAAGUUGCCCUACUUUGAGCCCCUGCAGAGCUGUUGGCCGCAGAGCUAGAAGCUCCAGAGCCUUUGAAAUGGACGAGUGCCUUCUGCCUGGGUCCAAGUAGAUGACGGGAAGUUAUCCUUGGAGGAAUUCCAGCUCUUCUUUGCAGAUGGCGUCCUCAACGAGAAAGAACUAGAGGGUCUCUUCCACACCAUCGACUCCGACAAUACCAACCAUGUGGACACCAAGGAGCUGUGUGAUUACUUUGUGGACCACAUGGGGGACUACGAGGACGUCCUGGCCUCCCUGGAGACCUUGAAUCACUCUGUCCUGAAGGCCAUGGGCUACACCAAGAAGGUGUAUGAGGGUGGGAGCAACGUGGACCAGUUUGUGACACGCUUCCUCCUGAAGGAGACGGCCAGUCAGAUCCAGUCCCUGCUGAGCUCGGUGGAGAGUGCGGUGGAGGCCAUCGAAGAGCAGACCAGCCAGAUCCGACAGAACCACAGCGUGGUGGAGACCUGGUCUGGGAGCUCCACUCCCGUCUACGCCCACAACCACAAGCUCACGGCCGUGGAGCAAGGGAAGAGCUUCCCGCUUGUCACCUCGGACUCCAGGGAGGAGGGCCUGGAAGCCCAGAUCAGCAGGUUGGCGGGGCUGAUAGGACGGCUGGAGAGCAAGACCCUUUGGUUUGACUUCCAGCAGCAUCUCUCGGAUGAAGAAAGCACCAACAUGCAUCUACAGCUGGUCCGGCAGGAGAUGGCCGUGUGCCCUGAGCAGCUGGUCGAGUUCCUGGACUCCCUGCGUCAGUACCUGAGGGGCACCGCCGGAGCCAGGAACUGCUUCCACAUCGCUGCCGUGAGGCUGGCGGACGGCGUCACCUUCGUGGUCUACGAGUUCUGGGAGACAGAGGAGGAGUGGAAGAUGCACCUGCAGAGCCCCGUGUGCAAGGCGUUCCGGCACGUCAAGGUGGACACGCUGAGCCAGCCCGAGGCCCUCUCCCGGAUCUCCGUGCCAGCUGCCUGGUGCACCCUGGGCCGCGACUGAGCCCCUGCCGCCCUGCUCCCUCUGAUGAAGGACGUGCACUCUUUUCUAGAAACUGUGGUAUACGAGCUGUCUUUUCAGUAGAAGAAGGUCUUUUCCCGCUGGUUGAAGUGAAGGCGAACCCCCGCCGUGGCACUCCCCCGCCCCGCUUGUU